AUGGUGGACACGUCCAUCGUCGCCACAUGCCUCUACGCCGUCGGCACCGAGUUCCGCGACCUCAACAGCGUCAACUGGGUCGCUCUCUCCUACACCCUCGCGUACAUGGGCUUUUCUGUCGUCUUCUCUCGCAUAUCAGACAUCACCGGGCGCCGGGACGCCUUUGUCGUCGCGUACGUCGUCUUCGUGGCCUUCUCGCUGGCAUGCGGGUUCGCCCGGACCUUGCAUCAGCUCAUUGCGUUUCGGGCGCUUCAGGGCAUAGGCGGCUCGGGGCUGUAUUCCUUGUCCAUGGUCAUGCUGUCGGAGCUCAGUCCGGUUCAUUUGAGGCAGUAUAUUGCCGCCAUGAUUGGCCUGGUCGUUGCCAUGUCCGGGGUGUUGGGCCCGGUUCUGGGCGGUCUUGGUCCCAUCGGGGCGGCAUCGUUGGCCACGUUCGUCUUCAGCUGGCCGAAUCGGAGACACCUCCCGCAUCAUGAAAGGCACUCGUGGAAACAACUGGACUGGCCUGGAGCUUUUCUCACCGUUGCCGCCGCCGUUCUUGUCGUCUUUUCCUUCCAGAACGCAGGGCAAACACCCGGGACCGCGUCCCACGGCAACAGCUGGGGCUCGGCCGUCUUCAUUGCGCCCCUUGUCGUGGGCGUCGUGUGCUGGGGCGCCUUGAUGCUCUGGGAAUACGGCGUUGAAUACCGCCUGUCGAGACGGUUCAUCCCAGUCCUCCCUCUUGGAAUCUUUCGCAGCGUCGUCUAUACCUCUGGGGUGAUAAACACCCUCCUUCUGGGGCUGCCAUACUUGCUCUUGAUCUAUAUUGUCCCGCUGAGGAUCCAAAUUGUCGGGGGCAAAUCUGCUCUGUUGGCCGGUGUUAUGCUGCUGCCAAUGCUGGUUGCUGUUGCUCUGGGCAGCGUUGUCAGUGGCGCAGUCAACUCAAAGACGCCGGUCAUCACGGAAACACUACUAGCAGGCUCGUGUUUAAUGGUAUUGGGCUGUGGACUGUUAACGACACUGUCCACUCAGGAGCUUGAUGGCGCGAAGCUGCUGGGGUUCAUUGCGCUAUGUGGAAUGGGCUUCGGCCUCACGGUGUCGUCAAGCACAAUGAUUGCAUCUAUCAAGGUGGCGCCAAAGCAUUACGCACCGGCCCAGGGCAUUCUUGCUCAACUGCGUAUAUUUGGCGGCAGUUUGGGAAUCGCCGCGUCGACAGCGAUACUCCGGACCAAGACACAGGGAGGCCUGCUGCCUGUCGGGAAACGAGAGUCCCAGGCGCCUGGUUCACAAAGCCAGUCGGUCAAGAUGGCAUUUGCAGAGGCAUUUCGAACGGACAUGAUGGUAGCAACGGCAGUUUCGGGAGCUGCAGUGAUACUAGCACUUGUCGCGUACUGGCUGCGGCGCAACAAUCAGUCUGAACCUGAGGGACCCCGGACAAGCCCGGAAAGAAGGACGGGCGAUGAGAAUGAAUGA